AUGCUGCUGCUGAUUUCACUGUUGCUUAUUGGACUCAACUGCUUGCUGGGAGCCCCGACAGGUCGAGAGGUCUACAGGAUGCCCCAGAGUGCACUUAAAGCUCUGUCUGACCGAGGCACUGUCGCUCUAGAGGCUGCAAUGACGAGUGCUCUGUCCGCUCUCGAGCGUGCAUCAUCUGAGAGGAGUCGGGCUGAGGCAGGCUGCAGGGGCUGUGUUCCCUGUCUGUUUCAGGACUGUGGACAGUUGUCUGGAUCCUGCUCUUCUCCUGGCAAUGCCUUAUCAGAGCCCAACUGUGAUGUCAUCAGUAAGGCCCAGAAGCUUCAAAAUGAAGCUGAGCGGAGUUGGGCUCUGAGUCAGGCCUGCGCGUACUAUCAGCACCGCUGCCCACCUGGUGAACAGGACAAAGAGACCUGCAUCCGGAUCAUGGGUGAGAGUUGCAGCGCCCGUGUCCUUCAGUGCAGCCUGCUCAACACAAUGCAGAACCUGGAACCUGCCACACUGACACAUGCACAAGCAGUGUGUGGUCAGAGGUCAUCCACAGUACAAAACAUCACACAGCCUCGCUCUCGGAUUGUGGGUGGCUCGCCUGCUCCUCCAGGCAGCUGGCCCUGGCUGGUCAACCUCCAGCUCGAUGGUGGCCUGAUGUGUGGAGGGGUCUUGGUGGACAGCUCCUGGGUUGUCACUGCUGCUCAUUGUUUCGCGGGCAGCCGAAGUGAGAGCUACUGGACAGCCGUGGUGGGGGAAUUUGACAUCACAAAGACUGAUCCUGAUGAGCAGGUUCUCAAAGUGAAUCGCAUCAUCCCUCAUCCUAAGUUCAAUCCAAAGACAUUUAACAACGACAUAGCCCUGGUGGAGCUGACAUCCCCAGUGGUCCUGUCCGGCCGUGUCACUCCGGUGUGUCUCCCCUCUGGCAUGGAGCCCCCUACUGGCAGUCCAUGUCUGGUGGCAGGCUGGGGCUCCCUCUAUGAGGAUGGCCCAUCUGCUGAUGUGGUGAUGGAGGCCAAGGUGCCCCUGCUGCCUCAGAGCACCUGUAAGAGUGCGCUUGGCAAAGAACUGGUCACCAAUACGAUGCUGUGUGCUGGAUAUCUCUCCGGAGGCAUAGACUCCUGUCAGGGAGAUUCUGGAGGCCCCCUGAUCUACCAGGACCGCAUUUCAGGUCGAUUCCAGCUCCACGGCAUCACCUCCUGGGGGGACGGCUGUGGGGAGAAGGGCAAGCCCGGAGUCUACACACGGGUGUCUGCUUUCUCUGACUGGAUUCAGGCUGAGAUACAGAAGUCAUUUGGAAGCAGGGAGCCAACAUGUCCGGAGCUUCUGAAGACAACAGAAAUGACAGAAGAGGAACAGAGGUCGGAGUUCAGCUCUCUCUGUCACUUCUAUACCCUGACCUGCCCAUCUGGUCAGUCUGCUAGUGCUUGCAGCAGAAUGGCAGAGGACAAGUGCCUCACUCGCUUUAAGAAAUGUCAGCUACGUUCCUUCCUUCAAACCCUGUUGGACUUGCUCCAAAGGGCCGAGGACUACAUCCGGGACAAAGUUGACUUGACCUUCUUCACCCAGACUCUGCCUCAGCUUGUGGAGCACAUCUACAGCACAGCUUUCGCUCACACCAGAGAGAGGAGGGACCUAGGCCAUGGUCACACACAGAUUAAAGAACAGCAAGGUGGAGCUGUGGGACCAGCUGAGCAGGGUCCUUCUCCUGCUCCACCAGCCUUAUUCAGAGACGUGGGACCCUCGGUGGAUGACUGGGAGAAAUACCUUAGAAACAUAGCCGAGGACCUGGACAAACGACAUGCUGACUCAUCCACUGACAUCUCCUCCACACCAACAAGACAGGAGGACAAGCUGUUUUUACAGACAGAGGACGCCUCAGUGCAUCAGCUGGCGGGAGAAUUUCGAUCUGUUAUCUCAGCUCUGCGCUCCAAACUGAACUUAAGAGCUGCUCCUCCGAUCCUGCACUUGGACACAGUCUACCUCCAGGAGGAUUCUCCCAAUGCUCCCUCUUUAACCGCCUCUUCCACUGGAGCACCAAUCCACACUACUUCCUCCUCCUCCGCUGAGGAACCCCGUAAGCCGUGGUCACUUCUAACAGCCCUGAUGAGUGAAAUGCAGAAAUUAAGUGCACAAGAUGAAAUUGUGACAGAAGAUGCAUCACAAAGUGACACUGAUGUGGAAUGGAGCACCACAUCAGAGGAUUUUACCUUUGUUAACAGCGGAGAAGGAACAGACUCAAAAUCUUCAGCGCCUCCGCCUCCAGUGCAGUCAACAACUGUCGUUCAGCCGGUCACUGAGGGCACUCACACAGAGACGACCCCUGACCCCAGACAAGCUGUCCAUGCCGUCAAGACUUCAAGUGUUCACAGAAAAUACCGGAGCCUGCUUCGCAAGAGGCAGAUACCUGGGGCCAGUGGGAAAAUUUGUCCUGGAGUGAGAGAGUCCUCACAGCAAGUCAGCCAAGUCAGAGACUCUUACAGCUGGGUCUUAAACAUCCCGGGCAAGAACCUACGCAUGAACUUCCAAGAGGUGUUAGUUGAUCUGAGCUCCAAGAAUGAUCGUGGACUUUACCAGGCACGAGUGAGAGCAGUAGUGGGAGGAAAACCUUUGACCUUCUACAGUCUUGUGGGCUUGGAGAAUGAGUCAUUCUACCGCAGUGUGCCAAGGAUCAUCUCUUUGGCACUGGAGGCACUCAAGACUUAACUUUACCAUAACAGCAAGUGAGAUGAUGACAUGAAACAUAAAAGACUCAAGCGAGAGAUGAUAGCUCAAAGACUCUGAAAGAGACCUGUUUGCACCAGAAAAGCCUCGACAUGGGACAGAGAGACGCAAAUAAAACGCACACUCGCUCAAACUUCUGCUGCCGUCUCCUGUGAAAAGCAUUUUUUUUGUUUUCCCCAUCUGAGAUUCUCAGUUUGGCUCUAAGUGAAAACACUACCAUGAAUGUAUCAAUCUAACUAUUGCCCACCCAUCAUGCCACAGGAUUUCUUUCUUUCUUUCUUUUUUUUAAUAAUGUGGUUGGAGACGCAGCUUUGCCUAAUUUAUGAAUCUGUACAAAUGAUAAGUUAUUCAUGUUUGUCUUUUGCAAAGGUUAAGCCUCUUGUGAAGCACACAGACUGUAUAUAUUAAUUCUUACCUUAUUCU